AUGCGCAGUCUCGCUGUCCUUGCAUUGCUUCCCCUGGCGAUCGCUGCUCCUAAUGCUUCCAAGCCCACAUAUGACUACGUUAUCGUUGGAGGAGGAACCGCUGGUCUGGUGAUUGCCAACCGCCUUUCAGAACUUGAACACAUCAAUGUGCUUGUAAUUGAGGCUGGUGGCUCUGUUUACGACAAUGUCAAUGUGACAAAUCCGAACGGAUAUGGGGAAGCAUUUGGAACCGACAUCGACUGGGCCUACAAGACAGUCCCGCAAAAAUGGGGUGGCAAUGGAACCCAGAUUAUGCGGGCUGGAAAGGCACUCGGAGGUACAUCUACAAUCAACGGCAUGGCGUACCUUCGAGCCCAGGCAGCUCAGAUUGAUGCAUGGGAAACCAUUGGCAACGAAGGCUGGAACUGGAAUAACCUGUUCCCCUACUACCGCAAGGGAGAGGAUUUGCAGAGCCCAUACAAUUACACGUGGUCCAAAGGAACUGGUAUCGCCUUUGAUCCUGCCGACCACGGUUUCUCGGGACCACUGAAGGUUGGCUGGACCAAGGACCAGCUGAACGAUGGUCUUGCUCAGAGGCUGAACACUACCUAUAAAACUAUGAGUCCUCCUAUUGAGUUCAAUGAGGAUCCUAACGGUGGUCAAAUGGUUGGCUUCUCGCUCUUCCCUAAGACUGUUGACACAGAACUCACAAUACGUGAGGAUGCUGCUCGGGCCUACUACUACCCCUAUAAGUCUCGCAGCAACCUCCAUGUGUGGCUCAACACUCAGGCUAACAAGAUCGUCUGGAAGGACGGCGCCGAGGUCACUGCUGAGGGUGUGGAAGUUACCCUGGCCAACGGCAAGACUAGUGUGGUUAAGGCGACUCGGGAGGUUAUCCUUUCAGCUGGUUCAUUGCGAUCUCCCCUUCUCCUCGAGCUGUCCGGUGUUGGAAACCCAAAGAUUCUUUCUAAGUACAACAUCAAAACAAAGGUCAAUCUGCCAACUGUUGGUGAAAACCUCCAGGAUCAGAUGAACAACGAGAUUGUCUUUUCAUCUAGCGCAAACAACACCGGAGCUGCUAAUUUUGUGGCAUACCCCUCCGCCGAGCAAAUUUUCGAUAAUUCCACUGCUGUUGGUGCUAAGCUCCUUGCUAAGCUGCCUGCAUACGCCGCCAAAGUUGCCUCUGCUAAUGGAGGCGUGACCAAGGCGGAAGACCUCGAAAGCUUCUUCAAGGUUCAAUGGGACCUGAUUUUCAAGUCCGGUAUUCCCGUUGCGGAGAUCCUAGUUGAGCCCUCAGGUCUAACCCUCGAUACUGAGUAUUGGGGCUCCGUCCCUUUCUCUCGUGGUAACAUCCACAUCUCAUCGGCUGACCCGACUGCCGCCGCCAUUAUCGACCCGAAGUACUUCAUGCUAGACUUUGAUUUGUACUCUCAGGUUGCGGCUGCAAAAUUCAUUCGCAAGCUUUACAAGACUCAGCCAUUUGCCGCCAUCGUUCAAGGCGAGACUAGCCCUAGCCUUUCUACUAUCGCAGCUAGCGCUUCCGAAGACGGCUGGUCUACAUGGCUCAAGUCGAAGUACCGAUCCAAUUUCCAUCCGAUCACUUCAGCUGGUAUGAUGCCAAGGGAGAAGGGUGGUGUGGUUGAUGCAUCCCUUAAGGUCUACGGCACAUCAAAUGUUCGCGUUGUUGAUGCAUCAGUCGUUCCCAUGCAGGUCUGCGGACACUUAUCAGCGACUAUCUAUGCAGUUGCAGAGCGAGCCGCGGAUAUCAUUAAGAGCCAGUUAUAG